CUUUUAAUGCGUGGUUUUCCCACGCUGGGUGGGAGACAACACUGGACUAGAAUAUGUUGGUUUUAUGGGUUAUUUUCAGGGUUGAGGUCACUAUUCGAAAAAUCGUUCCUCGAUAAAGAAAAAAAAUAUUCCCGAAUCAAAAUCGAUCCUCGAUUCAGUACAGAGGGGUGCUCAAUUCACCCGUGCUAUAUUCAGAUUGCAAACAUGGUAGAAACAAAGAAGCAAAACCUCUGAGAAUGACCACUCCCUAGUUUAAAUGGGACACUUUGGGUUAGGGUAGAGGGAGCGUUCGGGGGAGGGGGGAAUUAGGAAGGACAACAGAGCAUCCCGUGUGUUCAUCUCAGUAAAUGGAGCGCAGUGAAAACCAUUGAGAUGCUCCUUUACGCCGCGGUUGUUGCAUCCGGGAUCACUUGUGCGCUCAGCAGCACCCGAGAGGGACGGACAGCGCCCACAGAGCAGGAGAGGAUGGCGUGGAAAGGAGUUCAGUUCAAUUGAACGAGAGAGUGAGCGAGAGUUGUGAGCCGAGUUGGCACUGUGGAUUGUGUAGUUUUGUUUUGUUCGUAUACACAACUAGUUUUUCCGAAGCGAUGCUCUACGAAAUGUUAGACAUCUUUCACGCCAUUCAAAUCCGUAGAUGCUGGGUUUUUUUCGAGCAUAUUUGGGAGAAUAUCGGCGUCUAGAAAUCUGACGAGAGAAGGAUAUUUCUGGUGGAAAUAAUAUUUUCUUUCCAAGGGGUGUUCCCUCAGCCAGUAGCCUAGGGUGACUUGGGUUAAGUGUUUGUGAGGGGUUGGGGGGAAGGGAUCAGUCGGAGUGCUCGACCCAAGUCAGAAGGAUGCUGGUGGGCAAUGCCUGCAGAAAGAGAGGAUGAGAUCUGUCGAGAAGCUCUGGAGCUGCUCUCCGACCUGUGCUCCAGAGGCGAGGUGCAGAACGACAACUGCCUGGACUUCAUCUACUACUUCAGAGACCUCGCUAGACCGCGGUACACCGACUCAGAUGUCUCCGUCAGCCUGCUGUCGCUGCUGGUCACCGCCUGUGGCCUGGCGCUGUUCAGCGUCUCACUCUUCGUGUCCUGGAAGCUGUGCUGGGUGCCCUGGAGCUCACGCUUCCUGCCCAACGUCUUCAAGGGGGCUCACUUCCUGGGGGGGGACCAGCAGCCUGUGCUAACAGAGUCUAUCCGUCCCUUCCUCUAUUACUACAACCUACCACAUAUUCACCCUCAAGUGGAUGGAGAGGAAAGGGAGUACAGUGAGGAUGCGUGUGUCAAGCACAUGACGGGGCCACCGGCGGGCGUGGCCGUCCCCGAUUCAGCCAUGAAGAUCAGCCACACCUCACCGGACAUCCCCCUGGAGGCCCAGAGCAAAGUGGAGAAGAACCACCUCCACACCAUCGCCAGGGACCGGGUCCAGAGACAGAUCACUGAGCCCACCUCGUCUGUUCGCCACCACUCCAUCAGGAGACAGAUGAACCUGUCCAACCCGGACUUCAACCCGGGGCAGUUCCAGCGGCAGGAGUCCCUCUCGGGCCUGGGCCGGAUCAAACCGGAGCUCUACAAGCAGCGCUCGGUUGACGGGGAGGAGGGCCGGCGGGCCGACAGCUGCGGGCGUCUCCACUUUGUGCUGAAGUUCGACUGCGACCUGGAGCAGCUGAUCGUCAAGAUCCAUAAGGCCGAGGACCUGCCCGCCAAGGACUUCUCGGGCACCUCUGACCCGUACGUCAAGAUCUACCUGCUGCCCGACCGCAUGACCAAGCACCAGACCAAGGUGCACCGCAAGACACUGCAGCCCGUGUUCGACGAGGUGUUCCUCUUCCCCGUCACGUACGCAGAGCUGCCGGGCCGCAAGCUGCACUUCAGCGUGUACGACUUUGACCGCUUCUCCCGCCACGAUCUGAUUGGCCAGGUGGUGGUGGACAGCUUCCUGGAUCUGCCCGACUUCCCCCGGGAGACCAGACUGUGCCGGGACAUACAGUACGUCACCUCGGAUAAUGUGGACUUGGGGGAGCUGAUGUUCUCGUUGUGCUAUCUCCCCACGGCGGGCAGACUCACCAUCACCAUGAUCAAAGCCAGGAACCUGAAAGCUAUGGAUAUCACCGGAGCUUCUGACCCCUACGUGAAGGUGUCCCUCAUGUGCGAGGGUCGGAGGCUGAAGAAGCGGAAGACCUCGACCAAGCGCAACACCCUGAACCCCGUGUACAACGAGGCCAUCGUGUUCGACGUGCCCCCCGAGAACAUCGACCAGAUCAGCCUGCUCAUCGCCGUCAUGGACUACGACCGGGUGGGCCAUAACGAGGUGAUCGGUGUGUGCAGAGUGGGUAAUGAGGCCGAAAGUCUGGGCCGAGACCACUGGGGUGAGAUGCUUUCGUACCCCCGCAAGCCCAUCGCACACUGGCACCCCCUCGUAGAGUGGGUCGCCACCACCGGCGGUGGGAGUCAAGGAGGAUCCACCAACUCCCUGAAGGCACCCCCCUCACCUUGAAACACACACACACACACACACACACACACACACACACACACACACACACACACACACACACACACACACACACACACACACACACACACACACACACAAAUAGCACGUGAUAACAAAUGUGUGCUCACUAUCUCUAUGACAACAACGAUCAGCAUAGCUGCUGAUAAUCAAACUGAAUGAUAUAAAAUACAAUGUAGAGCUUGGUUUCUACUGUGGCAGCAGCAGUCUCCUUGUACUGUUAAUUAAUCGAUCAUUAAUGUAGCUUCACACUGCACUAGAACCAACGGGCUGAACAAUUCCUACUCUAUAUUCCUCUUGUAUCAUGACAACCAAAAACCACUUAAAAACAUUCCACACAAAAUAAAAAACAGUAUCACUAUAUUCAUUUUUAACUUUCUUAUUCAGUAAUAGUACUAACAUGUUGGACGAAACUGAUGAGCUCUAUUAACACUUCAGUCAUUACCUCUGAUGUACAAAAUGGACCAAAAUGUUAACCCGGCGAUUGAGUGAGGCUAUCGAUGUAACCUAUUUGAUUUAUGUUCUGGGGUAUCUGAAGGAAUUUUGUCUUAAGGGGGUAGUUAUGCUAACGUUUGUAACCUAAUUAAAAUGGACAUUCCCCAUUCUGAUUCAUGUAACUAAAUGGCACUUCAAGGUGUAGCACAUAUAUAUCACUGUAAGGCAGAAUACAUUUCAUUUCACUGUUGACAUGGUUUUCUACCAAAUGCAUGAUGAGAAAUUUCAGUGGUGGAGGUAAAAAUGGCGUGGUCGACUAUGUUAACUGUGAAAAACAGAGUCUUUUGUUUCGGCGGUUGGAGAAGACCCCUUUGCUAUACUCAAUGUGAUAGUCAGUGUUUGCACGAUAAAUCCUUACACUUAGCAACAACCAAUUUUGGUCAAGUUAAUGUUAACAUCCGCAAUCUAAUAAAACCUCAUAACAAUUAUCUUAAGUUAACUUACAGUUAACCUGUUUGUAAGCAAGUUAAUAUUGACUGUAUGCCCUGAGGAAAUUAGAAUUACUUCAAUGAAGCCAAGAGACACCAUUCAACAGCCAACUGAAAUUAAAGCACAUGGAGUUUUGAGCAAAUGCCACUGCAUCCAAAAAUGUGUGCCUUUACCAUCUGGACUUUAUAGACGAUACCCAAAAUACCCCCCCGCUCUCUCAGAAGCACUACCAGAGGUGGAAAUGCAUAGUGAGGAUAGCGCUGUAAGUUAACAGGAAAUUUGUAUUUCCUGUUUGCUAUCAACAGGAUCGAUUUGACAAACACACACACACACACACACACACACACACACACACACACACACACACACACACACACACACACACACACACACACACACACACACACACACACACGCUCGCGGACACACACAUAGGUACACAGACACACAAACAAACACAACCACUAGUUCAUUUGACUGCUCUAGUUACUUUGUUUCUGUUUCUUCUUGUUAUUUGGCCACAUCCUGUAUAAUGUAAGGGUAAAACAGGUACACAAGAUGUUAUGGAAGUGUAUAAGAAUAUUGUUCAAAGUAAUGAGAAGAAUAAAGGUAUUUCUUUUGAUCGUUUUAGGGACAAUGCAUGCAACGCCGUGUGUGAGAGAAUUGUCUUUGAAAAUAUUUUCUUGGUUGUGAAAUACUAAUUGUAUUGUUAACACAAAGCUAAUGAAACUAUUAGGCAAAAUGUGUCUGUUCAAAUGUUAUUAAUAAAAAUGUAUAAAUAUACACUAUCAAA